CGCAGAAGAAGACAAGUUAAACGUGUGUGAUCUGAGCUGCAGGAAAAAAAACUCACAUCUACAGGACAAAUAUCAACACAUAACUGUGAUGGAGAAUGAUAUUAUUCUCUCUCUCGAAGAUUUAGGGUACCAGGGUCCGCUGCUGGAGGACGGGGCUCUGGAUUCUGCUGCUGGCGGAGGGGCAGCUUCACCCGAGUACACCAAACUCUGUGCCUGGAUCGUUGCAGAGCUUCGACUUUACUGCAAGCUGGAGGAAAAUGUCCACGCCACCAACUGUCCCACGGAGGCGGAGAGCUUCCAGCUGGAGAUGAGCGGCCUGAUGACGGAGCUGGCGUGUCCGUACCCCGUCCUCACCAGCGGAGACCUGGCUCAGAGGUUCCUGAGCAAGACCGACUGCCUGCUGCUGCUCACUUUCCUGGUGUCUGAGUUGGAGGCGUCCAGGAUGGUCCUGGUCACCAAGCCCCAGAAGAAGGCCCAGGAGUCCGGCAGCCCCGCCUUCCAGGAACUGAAGGGCAUCUGCAUGGCGCUGGGCAUGUCCAAGCCCCCCGCCAACAUCACCAUGUUCCAGUUCUUCACCGGCAUCGAGAAGAAGCUGAAAGAAGCCAUGAGUCGCGUCCCACCCAACCACGUGGGGGAGCCGUUGUUGAAGAAGCCUCUCGGACCUCUCCACCUGGAAAAGAUCGAGGCCAUAAACCAAGCGCUCGUAAACGAGUACGAGGUGAGGAGGAAGAUGUUGUUGAAGCGUCUGGAUGUGACGGUCCAGUCCUUCGGCUGGUCCGACAAAGCAAAGACACACUCGGAGAAGUUGGGGAAAGUGUACCAGCCGCUGCGCUCGGCCCUCUGCACGAAAAGUAAAAUCUCCAUCGCCCAUCUUCUCGCUGCCAGACAAGAUUUUUCCAAGAUUCUUCGCACAAGCAGUGGCAAGAUCAGAGAGAAGACUGCGUGUGCCAUCAAUAAGGUUCUGAUGGGCCGGGUGCCGGACAGAGGGGGCCGGCCCUGCGAGAUCGAGCCCCCUCCUCCAGAGAUGCCGUCCUGGCAGAAGCGGCAGGACGCCCCCCAGGGAGGCGGCCACUACGGCGGGGGCCACGGAGGCGGCCGGGGCGGCUCCGACCACUACUCCCAAGGAGGUCGCGGAGGCUACGAGAGAGGGGGAGGGGGAGGACACGAGGACCGGGGAGGGAGAGGGGGAGGCGGGCGGGGAGGGAAGGUGCACGGGGGCUGGGGGGACGGAGGUGGAGGAGGAGGAGGAGGAGGAGGAGGGAGGGGCGGCUACAACCAGGGCUACUAUCAGGACGGAGGCUACCACGGGGGAGGAGGAGGAGGUGGAGGAGGAGGAGGAGGUGGAGGAGGCAGAGGGGGCUACGCAGGAGGAGGAAACAACCAAGGAGGCUUCCAGGACCCCGGGUAUCACGGAGGAGGAGGCGGCGGUUACCAUGACAACCACCACCAAGACGGAAGCUGGCACCAGGAAAGAGGCGGGGGCCGCGGAGGCCGGGGGGGGCGGGGAAGAGGGCGAGGAGGAGGAGGAGGCUGGGGAGGAAGAGGGGGGCAGAGUUUUAACCAAGGAGGACAGUUUGAACAGUUCUUCCAGCACGGAGGGCAACACUACAACCAGGCCGGCUUCAACCAGGGCAGACACUACACCAGCUGAGGACACGGCGUCGUCACGGCAGCGGCGGACGGACGCCACGCGCCUCCAGCAUCGGAUCUGGCACGGUUAAAGUUAAAUUGAUAAAACGAGAAACUUGGACUUGAACCCACGGCUCACGCGCUCUGUAAACGGCCGGAGGGCUGCAGGUGUGACGUCACCUCCGGCUUCUUCGGCCCGUGUUUUCUUUGCCUCCUCCCCGAGUGUUCACGCCAGCGGCUGCGAUCGUUCCACCAGCCGGACUCUGGCGUUCUGAUCUCAUCCUGAUACUGUUUCGGCCUUAUUGGACGUUCUCCCCGAAAGCACGACAGGUUCCUCACGUUACCGCGGUGAUGCACCUACUGUGUACCGUGCACAUCAUUACAUGUAGGAUUCUGAGGUUCUAGUUUCAAUUCGGUGAUUUACUUGAAAGCAUUUUUUUUUUUUCCCCAGUCUUCAUUUUCGUUCAGUGUUUUUGACUGGAAUAUCCUUUGUUAUUUAAAAGAUGCCAUCUUGUACAUCUCGCAGAUGCUGAGGUGCAUACAGAUGUGGACGUUGGAAGGUUUGCAUGAACGUGUGAAUGAGCAAUAAAAGUUAUGACGAUAUCA